CUAUAUUACCAAACCCGAAACUAGAAAGUACCGUUAUCUAACUUUUAUCUCUCUCUCUCUCUCAACGUGCUCGUGCAAUUAAGCAAUCUGAAUCCAAGGUUGUAAUUGUAACUAGCUAAUAUGUCUUCUUCAUACCAUUUUCAAUCUCAGUCCUAUGCUCCAUCUGCGCCAGAACAACCUCCAUAUUCCAAUUACCAUCACACUUCUUCAUCAGCAUCAUCGAGUUUUCCACCAGGGACACCCCAUGACGUCAUUAGGAGCUUUCAGAUGGUGGAUAGGGACCGAAGUGGCUUCAUUGAUGAACGUGAAUUGCAGCAAGCUCUCUCUUCUGGAUUCCACCACUUCAACCUCAGGACCAUUCGUUUUCUCAUGUUCCUCUUCAAGAGUCCAAACCUACCCCUCACAAUUGGACCAAAGGAAUUUGCAGCACUCUGGAGUUGCCUUGGUCAUUGGCGAGGCAUAUUUGAGAGGUACGAUAAAGACAGGAGUGGGAAAAUUGAUCCAUUAGAACUCAGAGAUGCUCUAUAUGGUAUUGGCUAUGCUGUACCGGGCUCGGUUCUACAACUUCUGCUUUCCAAAUACGGUGAUGGAAGUGGUAGGAGGGUUGAACUUGGUUUUGACAGUUUUGUCGAGUGUGGGAUGAUUAUUAAGGGUCUGACUGAUAAAUUUAAGGAGAAGGAUACACGGUAUACGGGUUCGGCUACACUUUCAUACGAUGCCUUUAUGACUAUGGUCCUUCCUUUCCUUGUAUCUUAUGAUUGAUAAGUGAUGUUCGUCGGCAAGAUUUCCAAGUUCUUUGGUCCUACAUUCAAUUGAUUGUUUUAUGACUUUGAUUGUGAAUAAAUUUUUAGGGUGCAACGAUUUGUUAUAUUCAUUUGUGUUCCAGUAAUGCUCACAUACAUCUCAUUCAUUUACAUUUUUUUUUAACCAACAAGUUACCUAUUAUAGCUAAGGGGUUUGUGGCAAGAGAAGUGAUUAAGCGUUAGUAGGUGAGUGGUGAAAGUGUGUAUAUAGAAGAAUGUAUGUAUUUAAACUUUUUUCUCUUGUAAACAUUAUGUAAAAGAUGUGCAAGUUCCAAGAAUUUGUUUCAAUAUUUAUUGAUAUGAAUAAUUUUA